UGGUCCCCACUCGAUGACUAAGCGUUUAGGACUGAAGUACUGGAACUGUCACGUGGUUGUCUGUACACGCUUCCGCACGGUGCGUUACUCAUUCAAGUGAAUAGGCCGAGUAGCCUCUCGACGGUGUCCAGACGCUUUUGACCGACCUAACGCCACCCUGACGCGUGGAGCCUGGGAUCCCGCCGCUGAGCCGUGCUGCCAACUGCAGCUCACUCUACCAACGUCUGAGCAUCUUGUCUGCGGUCUUUCAACAUGUACUCAACCUAUAUAAGUAUACGCUGGCCGACGGACUACCGCAGCUGCGCGCGGUGUACGCCUACCUCAAGUUCUACGGGAUGUUCCUGGACCCCGAGUCUCCCCCCGCGCUGCGCCUCUUGGGCCGCAAGUGGAAGCUCAUCAAGUUCAACGACAUGGCCGACUACGUGGCCGGCAUCCUGCGCACGGGGCAGGACGGCAUCAUCACAUCUGACCUCUUCUAUCAGCACUUGUCCAGAUUGCGCGAGUUCACCGCGGACGGCGAGCGGCUUGUGCACCGCAUCCCGGACUGCUUGCCCGCGGGCGGCCACAACGCCUACCUGGUGCGCAGGGGCUCGCCGCUGCACGGCCCAGUCAACGCGUUCGUGCUGCGCGUGGCGCAAUCGGGCGUGUACGACCAGUGGUGGCGCGAGCAGCGCCAGCGGAUGGACACGGACGGCAUUACCGUUCCCUCCGCCGAGGGCCAGGGUCGCCCAGCGGCGGCGCGGCGGCGGCGGCCCCUGGCUCUGCGCCAGCUGCAGGGGCCCUUCGCGUUGCUGCUGCUGGGGCUGGGGGUUGCAACUCUUGUCUUCCUUGCGGAGCGGCUGGGCCGUUGGCUUCUCCUAUUUCUCACAUCAUCAAUUAUUUCUAUCUUUCUUCUUUCAUGUAAUCUUUUCCUAUCUAUUUUAUCUUUUAAUAAAUUUAGGGCAAAAUGUGAAAUUAAACAAUCAAAACUUUUCGUGUUCAUUUUAAAUGGAAAUAUUAUUACAUAUUUUAUUAGCGUACAUAUAUUUUUACCAUUUAUUCACUGA